AUGGCUUCCGUUUUUGGAGUGCGCCAUCUGCAGGCGUUGUUACUAUUCUUCAACAUUGUUGUAGUCUAUAUUAGUCGGCUGAAUGUCUCGGUCGCUGUAGUCGCAAUGACUAAUGCCAACACAACAAAUCCAGAUUUCCCGGAGUACGAUUGGACCGAGCUGCAUAAGUCUUACAUACUAUCCAGCUUCUACUGGGGUUAUGUGCUCACACAAUUUCCUGGUGGCUAUCUGAGUCGCCGCUUUGGCGCUAAAAUCACCAUACUCAUCGCCACAUUUGCCUCUGCUGUAUGCAGCUUCAUAACGCCCGCUUGUGUACGGCUCGGUGGCUGGCCGAUCUUUUGCGUCAUACGUUUACUGCAAGGUCUCUUUCAGGGCCUCAUCUUUCCCGCUAUACACGAGCACCUGGCCAAGUGGUCACCGCUGCAUGAACGUAAUCUGCUAGGCGCACUCAGCUUGUCCGGCACCGAUUGUGGCACAGUUAUAGCGCUGGCAUCGAGUGGUCUAAUCGCUAGCAGUUCAUUGGGUUGGCCAGGCAUUUCCUACGUGUCGGCGGCGCUCUGCUUUGUGUGGUGCAUAUUUUGGCUUAUUUUCGCUGCAGAUAAUGCGCCUUCCUCCAAGUUCAUCACACCACAGGAGUGCAGGUAUAUAGAGUCGUCGCUCGAGCGCAACGAUGACUUUCACCAGCAGCGAAUACCGGUGCCUUGGCGUGCAAUUUUUACUUCGGUGCCGUUUUUAGCUUUUCUUGUGGGGCGUUGCGCGGAGGCUUGGGGUUUCACUACUCUGCAAGCGCAAAUCCCCUCCUACAUGAAUGGUGUGCUGAAUAUGGAAAUCAAGGAGAAUGGACUAUUUUCUGCUCUACCCUAUCUGACAAUGUGGCUCUCAUUGUACGUAUACUUGGCCAUAGCGAAUUUUUUGACCAAGCGGAAGAUUCUGUCACUGACGGCCGUACGCAAGACGAUCAAUACCAUCUCGCUGUGGAUACCAGCACUCUUACUAAUCGGCAUUGGUUUCUUGGACUCCAAUCAGCCGACAUUGGCCAUUGUGCUGAUGACGCUAAAUGUAGGCAUAAAUGGUGGCUCCACCAUUGGCAGUACGCUCAACUCCCUAGAUCUGGCGCCCAAUCAUGCAGGCAUACUGAUGGGCUUAUCAAAUACUAUUGUGAAUGUGGUGCCGAUCUUGUCGCCCUUACUAGUGGGUGUCAUUGUGACAGACAAGCACAAUCGUUCGCAAUGGCAAAUCAUCUUCGCAAUCGCAGCUCUAAUUUUCUUCGUGGGCAACCUGUUUUACAUAAUUUGGGGCACUUCAGAGACUCAGUCCUGGAACUCGUCGGAUUUUGAAAACGAAAGAGACGUGGAGAAAUCUACGAACAAGAAAGUUGCUGAAAAGAAAGCUGUAGAAAAAAUGAAAAAGGAUCAGCAAGUAGAAGCCGUCAAAGGCGAAGAUAUUAUAGAGAGAACAAGACUUUAAAAUACUCACAUACAUAU